AUGGACGACGUAACGGUGGAAAGUGUUUUGGCUGUGGAUCCAGCCACGAUGAUCAUCAAAGAAUGCAUCAAUCUCUGUUCUAUCAUGAACAAGCAGUCCAGAGACAAAUCACGAACUAGCGUUGCCGCUUUGCUGGGGGGUGGUAGUGAUAUAUUCAUAAAUCAAAGUGACUCGUUUGUUGACAGUUUCCACAAUUUGUCAAAUUCCGAACACUAUGACCCUCUGAUAUCUGGCUUAGUGCAACUACGACUAAAAAUCAAUGAACUAAAGAAUUCAUAUGAACUAAAUGCUUUCGAACUUUUGAAACCAUUUUUGCAAAUCGUCAGUGCUAGUUCGGCAUCGGGAUAUACUACUUCUUUAGCUCUGGACUCAUUACAAAAAUUUUUUACAUUAAAGGUCAUAAAUAGAACUUCCACCAAUAUUCAACGGGCUAUUAGGGAAACUGCUAUUGCUUUAACACAUUGCAGAUUCGAAGCUUCGAAGCAACUUUCAGAUGACUCAGUGUUACUAAAGGUUGUCAUACUACUUCGUCAUAUUAUAACCUCUUCCUUUGGAGAUUACCUUUCCGAUACCAUAAUCUAUGAUGUUUUGCAAACCACUCUUUCUUUAGCUUGUAAUACCCAGAGAAGCGAAGUUUUGAGAAAAACAGCUGAAGUUACAAUUGCGAGGAUAACUGUUAAAUUAUUCACAAAGUUGAAGUUACUUGAUCCGCCUACAAAAACAGAAAAAUAUAUCAACGAUGAAAGCUACACCGACAAUGAUUUGAAGGAUGACAUUAUAGGUACUACUAUAUCUGAUAAAGAGUCAUGCAGUACUGAUGGUGAUAGUACUAUUACUGAUAGUUGUAAAAAUGAUAAUUCAGCAGAGCAGGUUAUUAUGGACCAAGAAGAUGAUGAAAAAACGGGGAAGGAAGCCAAAGAAGCCGAGCCAAAUUACGGAAUAGCCGUUAUCAAGGAUUAUCUGGGGCUAUUAUUAUCAUUGAUUAUGCCAGAAAAUAGAAUGAAGCACACAACUUCGGCCAUGAAAUUAUCCUUACAGCUAAUCAAUACUGCUGUUGAAAUAUCUGGUGACAAAUUCCCCCUCUACCCUCGUUUAUUCAACUUGAUUUCAGACCCUAUUUCGAAAAGUAUUGUCUUUCUCAUACAGAACUCCACUCAGCAUUCUCUUUUACAGGCAACCUUGCAAUUGUUCACGAGUUUAGUUGUUAUUUUAGGUGACUACUUACCUAUGCAGAUCGAAUUGACUUUAAGGAGGAUAUUUGAGAUCCUAGAGGACAUAACGGGUGCCGAUGAUGCAGUCAAACAAAAGCCACCUUCAGUCAAGGAAUUAAUCAUUGAACAGCUCUCUAUACUAUGGAUUCAUUCCCCGGCCUUCUUUUUACAAAUGUUCGUAAAUUUUGACUGUGAUUUGGACAGGUCAGACCUUUCGAUUGACUUUAUAAGAGCGCUAACAAAAUUCUCUCUUCCAGCUGCGGCAAUUAAUACCUCUAACAAUGUUCCUCCAAUAUGCCUUGAAGGAGUAGUUUCAUUUAUUGACAACAUAUACAGUGAUUUAAACAAAGUGGAUAAAACCGAAUUUGUAGAAAAUGAGAAAGAAAUUGAUAUCCUGAAACAGAGAGAUAGAAAAACUGAAUUCAUAAUGUGCGUCGAAACUUUCAAUGAAAAGGCGAAGAAGGGGGUCCCAAUGCUUGUUGAAAAAGGUUUUAUUGAAUCAGAUUCUAAUAGAGAUGUCGCAUCAUUUUUAUUCUUGAAUAACGGACGUUUAAACAAGAAGACUAUAGGCCUUCUACUUUGCGAUCCAAAAAAAACAGCAUUGCUAAAAGAAUUUAUAGAUCUUUUUGACUUUAAAAGUUUGAGGGUCGACGAGGCGAUUAGAAUUUUACUGACGAAGUUCAGAUUACCUGGAGAAUCUCAACAGAUUGAGAGAAUUAUUGAAGCUUUUUCUGCAAGAUAUUCUGCUGAUCAAAACAAUAAGGCGGUGGAAUUAGCGGAUAAAGAAAACGGAAAGGGUGAUCCAGACGAAACUAUGCCUGUGCAACCUGAUGCGGACUCCGUGUUUGUUCUGAGUUAUUCAAUAAUUAUGUUAAAUACUGAUUUCCAUAACCCUCAGGUCAAGGAACAUAUGUCUUUUGACGAUUAUUCUAAGAAUUUACGGGGUUGUUAUAACGGUAAGGAUUUUCCUCGCUGGUACCUGCAAAAAAUAUAUAUAUCCAUUAAAGUCAAAGAGAUAGUAAUGCCUGAGGAGCAUCACGGCAAUGAAAAAUGGUUUGAAGAUGCCUGGAAUAACUUAAUAUCUUCAGCAUCCGUGAUGACGGAGAUUCAAAAGGAUUCCAGAAAUCCCAUUUCCAGUUUAGCUCAAAUCGAAGUUUUACAAUUUGAGAAAGCAAUUUUUUCAAAUGUCGGGGGUAUUAUCGUGAAGGCUUUAUUCAAUAUAUUUGAAGUUGCCUCUAAUGAUCAAAUAUUUUCACGUAUUUUGGAGACUAUAAGCAAGUGCGCUUUUAUCGACUAUUACUUUUCCUUCGAUCAAUCAUUCAACGGUAUCAUUCUUCGUCUAGGGGAAAUGACAACGCUUGCGUAUACCAGUCUAAAUGAUGGGCAACUAGAAGUUGAGGGUAUUCCUUUGGUUGAAAUAUUUGUCGAAGAUACCGAGUCAAAAAUAUCCAUUAGUUCCCAAAGUAUAAAGCUCGGAGAAAACUUCAAAAGUCAAUUAUGUACUAUAUUAUAUUUUCGAAUUAUUAGAGAGAUGAGGGAUCCUGGCAUUAUUUCCUCUGAAUUAUGGAAUCAAGUCGUCCAAAUCAUUUUAAGACUAUUCGAGAACUCGAUGAUCGAUUUGAAUCCGGAAUUUUUCAAAAACUUUCAUACCGUCUCAAAACUUCUGGAACUGCCAUUACCGGAGCCAGAUAUUUCAAUCCGCAAGGCAAAGAUGAGUAGAAGCCUUUUGUCUACUUUUGCGUCUUAUUUGAAGGGUGAUGAGGAACCUUCCGAAGAAGACAUUGACUUCUCCGUGAAAGCGUUAGAAUGCAUUAAGACUAGCCGUGCGUUCAGCUCAGUUUUUGAAAACAUUCAAAUUGUUACCCCUAAGCUGGCUGAAGCACUUCUUUCCCCACUAGCAAUUGACAAGAAUGGUGAAGCUUCGUCCUAUUUCGAGCAGGAACUUCUUUUCUUAUUGGAAGUAUCCAUUAUAUUAAUAUCGAGAGGACAUUUUGAAAAAGAAUUUGGCACUUUACUUGCCGACCAUGUUUCUAAUAUUUCAAAUCUUGAUGGCCUUUCCAAGGAGACCAUUGUAAGAUUUGCCUCAUAUAAGAUGUUCUUGGUUGCAAAGUUUAAUAAUCCACAGGAUAUUCUAAGUGAUCUCAUAAACCAUGAUUUCUUGAUAAAGAAUGAAAUUUACGAUACUAAGUAUUAUGAAAGCGAACUGGGGAAACAGGUGUUAGACGAUUUGUUUACACAUCUAGAAAACGUGAAAUACGAUGAGCAGGUUCUCAAAGAUGUAAAAUUUUGGAACUUUUUAAGGAAGCUUAUGUCAACCAAAGAGAACCAACCAAUAAUAUAUCAAUUUCUAGAGAAAUAUAUUAAGAAUGGUGGAAUAUUCUUAGAGGAUGGAAACUUCAUGAACAUAUUAAGUCUUCUUGAUGAGAUGUCAAGUGCUGGUGCCAUCGGUACUAAAUGGGAACGGAACUGUGAAAAUUCAGUCGAGAAUGGUUGCCAAGCGCCAGAAGCUAAUCCAUACCGUUCAAUUAUUGAUAUUUCCAGCAGGUCCAUUAAUAUCACUGCAAAUUUACUGUCACCUGCUAAGGGGUGUAAUUCUGUUCUUAACAAGACUGAAAUUAUAGCCGCUAUUCAAGGUUUGGCUCAUCAAUGUCUCAAUCCUUGCGACGAAUUGGGUAUGCAAGCGUUGCAGGUAUUAGAGCGCCUCCUAUUAUCUCCAAUAAGCUUACUUCGUACGGAAGAAGUUGCGCUGGACACCCUAGUAGAAACUGGGUUAUUACCAAUUUUCGAAUUGGAUGAAAUCCAAACUGUUAAAAUGAAACGAAUCACUGACAUUUUGUCCGUACUUUCCAAGAUUUUUUUGCAUCAACUAAAGGAAGGUGUUGCAAGUAACGAGACUUUCCUGAGGAUCCUGAAUGUAUUUAACAAAUAUGUAGAGGAUCCCGCAGUAGAAAGGCAGUUGCAAGAACUGAUUAUCUCCAAAAGAGAAAUUCAAAACGAGGAUAUAAAUAUUAGCGUAACACUGUCGAAAGACUCAGAAGAAUAA